CGGUGACGCUGCGUGGAGCGGAAGAAGACGACGACGAGGCCAGYGUCCUGUUCCGUCAGUGGUUAGCUCGCCUGUGAUGCUCCGUCAGUAGAGCUGGAGGAGUUCCCCCCCUCACGGCUAUGAUUGACGGAGUCAGCAGAGGUUUACACGGGCAUGUGCACAAACUCGCUCGGUUCACAUCGUAACGGAGAGACCUGCGGCAGCGACAAGAAGCAGCAGCAUGGCGAGUCCGGAGAAAAGAGCCCCGAGCUGUCGGUGCUCUCGCACAGGAACAAGAACACCGUGUGUCGGAUUUUUCAGGAUGUUAUUUAUUGCUUUUAUUCACUCGACGCGAGCAAAUAAACAAGGCAGAGUCUGACAUCGAUUUUAGUUUAUAUCAUCAACAGAGCACGUCCCCGCACCGUGGGAACUGCCGACCUAUACGGUUUGAACCUCCAAUGUUGGACUUUCAUGAACAGCCUGUUGGAAUGCCAAAAAUGGAGAAAGUUUAUUUACAUAAUCCUAGUGCAGAAGAAAUUAGUUUAAUAUCAAUAUCAGCAACAACAGCACAUUUUCACGCCUCCUUUUUCCAGAAUAGGAUAAUCCCACCAGGAGGGAACACGUCGUUUGAUGUGGUGUUCCUCGCUCGUGUGGUUGGGAAUGUAGAAAACACUUUGUUUAUAAACACCUCCCAUCAUGGAAUGUUUACAUACCAGGUUUUUGGGGUCGGUGUUCCAAAUCCCUACAGACUGCGGCCCUUUAUUGGGGCUCGGGUCCCAGUAAACAGCAGCUUCUCACCUCUUAUAAACAUUCACAACCCAUUCAGUGAACCUUUACAGGUUGUUGAGAUGUACUCCAGUGGUGGGGAUCUGCAUCUGGAGCUUCCCACAGGCCAACAAGGAGGCAUUGUAAAGUUAUGGGAGAUUCCUCCAUUUGAGACAAAAGGAGUGAUGAGAGCCAUCUUCUCUUCAAGAGACGUGGACAACCACACGGCUUUCAUCAGAAUCAAAACCAACGCUGCAAACGAGGACCAGUACGUCGUCAUCCCCGUAGAGGUGGAGGUCACAUCAGCUCCUGGUAUAUACUCAUCCACAGAGAUGCUUGACUUUGGUACACUUCGAUCACAAGAUCGUCCAAAGCUGCUGAAUCUUCAUCUUUUAAAUUCAGGACCAAAAGAUGUACCAAUCACAAGUGUACGCACAACUCCGUCAAAUGAAGCCAUCACAGUCGACUUUAAAGCUGUCACGCUCAAAGCUGGAGAAAGUAGAUACACGAAAGUCGCGAGCAUCAGUUUUGAUGCCUCAAGAGCUAAAAGACCAUAUCAGUUCUCUGGUAAAAUAACUGUUAAAGCAAAAGAAAAGAGUUACUCCAAACUUGAAAUCCCAUACCAGGCAGAGGUUUUAGAAGGCUACCUGGGCUUUGACCACACCGCCACACUGUUCCACAUCAGAGACAGCCCUGUGGAGCCGGUGGACAGACCCAUCUUCCUCACAAAUGCCUUCAACUUUGAUAUUUACAUACACAACGUGUCUCUGCCCGAGGAAGCCAAAACUAUGUUUAAAGUGCAGAACUUCAGCACGCCCAUCCUCAUCCCUGCACACGAGUCCCGGUACAUUUUCUCUCUCCUCUUCAGGGCCAUCCGGCCUUCCAUUCACAUAGACAGCAACAUCCUGCUCCUCACAAACGCCUCAAAGUUUCACCUGCCUGUCCGGGCCUACACAGGCUUCUUGGAGCCCCUCGUCCUGCCCCCCAGUCUGAAGGAGCACCUCCUGGACUUCGGUGUCCGCAGUGCAACAGACACCAGCAGCAUCAUAUUCGUGGUGGUCAACAGUAACCCCAUCGAGCUGGAGAUAAAGUCCUGGCUGGUGGUCGGAGACAGUCUUUCCAUGGAGCUGCUGAAGACGGAGAAAGGAAACACCACAGCAGCCCUGAGUCGCCUGCAGGAGCUGCACAACACCUCAGCCUCGCAUCACAAAACAGUGAUACUAGCAUCAGGCUACUACGCAGCGUUCAGAGUGACGUUAGUGGCCAAAGCUCUGGAGGGCGCCUACGACGGAGCGAUACACAUCACUACAGAUUAUGAAAUAUUAGUCCUCCCAGUGAAAGCUCUCAUUGCAGUGGGAACGUUAAAGAGCUCCCCUCAAAACAUUGCGAUGCCUCCUUCAUUUCCAGGGAAGAUCGUACACCAGAGCUUCAACAUGCAGAGCUCCUUCACUCAGAAGGUCAGGCUGCAGCAGAUCCGCUCGCUCACAGAGGAUAUCCGCUUCUAUUACAAGCGGCUCCGCAACAACAAAGACGAGCUGGAGCCCAGACGGAAAUCAAAGGUGGCAAAUAUUUAUUUUGACGCCAGCUUGCAGUGUGGUGAUUACUGUUAUGUGGGCCUGCCAUUUGUGCUUAAAUCCGAGUCUAAACCCCAUGGGGUGAUGGCAUUACAGGAGGACAUCUGGGACGCUGACGUUGACCUCCACCAGACCCUCCUCAAACGAUGGAAGGAGCUCAAAGAGAACUCAGGACAUAAAAUCGAAGCCAUGUUUGAAGUCAACACAGACCUUCAGAAGAACGUUCAGGCUAAAAUAACGGCACAUUUGACCUGGCCUACACUUGUCAACUCUUCACAAAGAAUCACGUUUCCCUUAACCAACACAAACAGUUCCUCUGAUGAGGAGGUGAUCCUGCAGAACCCUGCAGACGUCCCAGUCUACGUCCAGGUUCUCCCGUUGGCACUGCUGCCCAACCCCUCGGUGUUUUCAGGAAAGCUGGCAGACAGGUUGCCAUUAGGAAAUUUGUCCAAUAUCAACAUAGAUACAAAAACGUUAGAGUUCCAGGUUCACAGAAAUCAAACAUUUCUAAUAAAAAGCAGUUCAGGGUUCGUCGAAGGCUCGACCAGACCGUAUGUGUACAACCUCCUCCUGCUGCCCGGAGAGGUCAAGUCACUCAGUGUGAGGUUCACCCCCGUCAGCAACCACAGCGUCUCCUCGCUCCUCAUCGUCAGGAACAACCUGACGGUGAUCGACACCAUCGUAUUACACGGACRAGGUACAACUGAGAGCCUGAAGGUUGCAGGGAAGCUUCCAGGCCAGGGCAGCUCUCUGAGGUACAAGAUGACAGAGGCCCUGCUGAAGGACUGCACAGAGAAAAUAAAAGUCAAAGAGCCGAACUUCACCCUCAGAAGAACCUUCAAAGUGGAAAACACUGGACUGCUMCCGAUCACCAUCAGUUCAGCAGAGAUCAACGGACAAGCUUGUGAAGGAUAUGGUUUUAAAGUUCUCAACUGUCAAGAGUUUGCACUUAAGCCAAAUGCUUCAAAAGAACUCGUCAUAAUGUUUACACCCGACUUCACUUCAUCUCGAGUGAUCCGGGAGCUGAAACUCAUGACUUGGGGGGGUUCAGAGUUCGUGUUUGUCCUGAACGCCUCGCUGCCCUACCACAUGUUAGCUGCGUGCGCAGAAACCCUGCCCAGACCGAGCUGGGAGCUGGAGCUCUACAUCAUAGUGUCCGUCGUGAUGUGCUCCAUGUUUCUGCUGGUGAUCGCCACGGCCUACCUGGAAGCACAAAGCAUCUGGGAGCCAUUUAAAAGACGGGUCUCUGUAGAACCCAACUCCAGCUUGGAGACCGGGAGACCCUUUAACCUCAGGGAUAUUGUGCAAUUUCCCAAUAAUUUAAAGUUUAACAACCACAGCGAGGCGACCCAGACCUCCAGAGGAUUAUACACCUCCAGUAAUGGAACAGCCCGAGUGGGAGGCCGACAAGACAAGAGUCGGACCUUAUCAGACUCGGACAGCCAAGAUAAGAGGUCCAGGAUCUCCUUUAAUCCCCCAUCUAUGCAAACUAUUUCAUCUCAGUUGUCCAAAGGAAGUUCCUCGUCAGGUCAAGACGGCCCCGCAGCUCCGUGCCAAUUAAUCAGUCGAAAACCUCGGAACAUUAAACAACCGGACCCCCAGAGUCAAAGUUUAGCUGGGUCGUCACUUCCUCACAGAGACCCCUGCCCCGAGGACCCAGAAUACGCCAGCCUGGUAGGAGCCAUGGACAACGACCUGGACCGUCCAGAGUCGCUGGCUGCCGAGGCUCUACAGGAGCGGACCUCUCGGUCCGUUCAAAACAAAGCGUUGGAAAACAAAGGGAAGCAAAAAUCAAAAGUGAAAGGCCUUAAAAAGAAGGAAGAAAAGGAGAAAAAAUCUGUAAAGAGUGCAGGAGAGGACACGGUGGACAACGACGACAGCUCCUCCACCACCACAGAGACCUCCAAUCCAGAUGUGGAGACGAACCUCAAAGAGGUCCACCGUGAUGAACCAGUAAAGAAGAAAGGAAGGACGGCGGCAUCUGGAAAGGAGAAAGAAGAAACUUCAAAUUUCCCAAGCAAACCCAAAGAAAAGAGACAAGAAGCUUCAAAGAAAGAGAUUCAAGCAGAGAAAUCCAGUUCUCUGGAGCUGCCUUACGUAACGCCACUGGAGAACAAACGAAGGAGCUUCUCAACCAAAGCCCUCCACCCCAUCAUCCCAAAGAGCCGACCCACACAGAAACAGAGGAGUGGGAAGCCGGAGGACGGGCGCCCUUCUCUUUUAGCCACGCUGUCGUCCAGCUCCUCGGUCCCGGAGCUGGGCCACAGCAGCAGCUCCGAAGGCGAGAAGGAGUUCGCUUCUCCCGAGUGGGACGUCCCUCUUUCUAACAACGCCGUCCAGGCAGACAGUCUACAGCAGAUCUCCCUCCAGACCAUAAACGCAGACCCCUUCCUGAAGAGGUCGGCCACAGCUGGGACCUGCUCCCCCCCGCCCACCUCCCCCAGCUCACUGUCCCGAGGUUCCUACAGCAGCGUGCUCAACAACAACAGUGAAAUAAAUCUGAAAAAAGCCCCAGGAAAUAAACUGACCACCGGCACUCCACUCCCAGGCAAAAACGGAAACCCCACCUUCGCCGCAGUAGCUGCAGGUUACGACAAAAGCCCAGGUGGGUCUGGUCCAGGUAAAUCCGACUGCCAAGGCAAAACUCUGGCUCACAUGACRUCAGUGGAAAGUGACAGCUCAGACAGUCCUGGAUUAUGGAGUCCAAUAGACUCGGUCCCCAGUCCAAGCUACCCAUCUGCCAACUCCUUCUCAGCGUUUGGGCCCAACAACUCCUUCAACCUGAUGAGAGUUUUCAGUGGAAUGAACCUUCCCAAGCUGCCAGAGCCUCAGACAAGCUGGCCAGAGUUCAACAGCGUCUCCCCGUCCAUCUGGAACAACCCGAGCAGCGACUCUCUGCACUCCUGGCCCAGCAGCUCAGGUUCACCCACUGCCCCGACUUCGUCACUCCUGGAGAACACAAGCAGCACAUGGUUGGCGCCCACGCCUUACAGCAGCUCCAUCUGGUCCACCAGCACAGAUUUGCCACUGCAUCCUUUUCCGCCGCCCACCAGCUCGACGGCUCUGACAAAUCUGGUCAACAGCCCCACCCCGUCUUCGCCCGCUUCCGCCGAGAUGAGUCGGACCUUCAACCCCUGGAGCGCGUGGCCUCCCACCCUGAGCCGGCGCAGUUCUGAGCCCUGGCCCAGCUCUGCUGACAACGAUAAAUAAACAGCAACCGACAGCACUUCACACGAGUUCUCCUUCUGCUAAAACAUACAAAUUGUUUUAUAAUCUGAGCAGGACGCCCAGCACCCGUGGGUCCCGCCCCACAUUUAGUUCUCUGUGGCUUUUUAUUCCUGAGGGGCAGGAAUGCUAUCUUUUAUAUGAAUUUGUUUUAACAGGUGCCCCUCGAUUUGAAACACGUUUGUUCAUCUCAGGUCAGUUUCCUGCUGAAAGCUCAAACGUGUCAAAGUUUGGAACAUGACAGAAUGUUUUAGCCCUAAAGUUGAAACAAAAGUUUUUUUUAAGCCACAUGUUUGAUUCUUAUUGGUUUAUAUUACAAGUUUAUUUGAAAAGUCAGAUUUAAACACAGAUUCAGCAGCAGGGAUCUUUACAAAACAAGUUUUUUGUUUUUCCACGCCAAAAAACAAAUAAAGCUUCAGUUGUUCAUGUUCCCCUUCUUUAAAGUGGAAUUGUUUUGAUCAAGCGAUCAAAAUAAGUUAGGUUUGAGGUUUGACCUGUCGCCUGUUUGUCUGCAAAAUUAAUUAAAGGAUUUAAGCAGAAAA